AUGAUAAAGGAACCAACUCCCAGUUUUUCCGUCUCUCUACCCCCUGAGUUGGAGCGGUUGAUUUUUGAAACGGUUGUCUGCCAGCAUGGGCGACGUUAUGCACCGAAAUUAUUGCUCAUAUCGCGACAGGUACACGAAUGGAUCCGCCCCAUGUUGUACAGAAUCAUCAUCCAGUUUGUGGAUCAUGAAACUCUGCCCAACAGGAAUGUGCCACCUUCAUCUUCCAAUACCCGGCUGGAUUCCGUCUGUCCUUUCGCCCGGCAUCUGCUUGUGGGGGGACCCCUCAAAGAGGAAGGGAUUUGCCAAAUCCUUGAAGCAAGUACGAAUGUUGUCGAUUUAUGCAUCUGGUCGGAAGUGCCGCUCAAGAAAUUCAUCCACUAUAUUCACCGUCUCUGCCCUCUCCGAUUGUCUGCAGAUCUCGCGAGCCUCGACCUUGAUGAUUUGACAGGGCCAGCCUUCUCAAGGGUCACUCAUCUCGACGCUGUUGGCUGGAAAGGGCAACCUUGGCAUAUCUGGAAGAACGUAACUUUGCUUCCAAGGCUCACGCACCUCGCAGUGAACUGUCCCGUCGAGAACGAAGUCAUCGUGGGCCUCCUUUCAGAAUGUCAGCACGUUGAGCUGCUGGUUGUCUUCAAAGCGGGGGAUGAUUGGUAUGAUUUAGAAGUGAACGAUCCGGACAAAUUUUGCAGCAUCUUUACGGAUAUCGACGACGAACGUUUGGUGCUGCUGGAGGAUAAUCCCACGGGUUCCGUCUUGCAAGAUUGGGAGAGCAGUGCCAGCGGUGGGAUGAACAUGUGGACGUUCGCGGAGAGCGUACUGUUUGCUAGACAACACAGAUUGUUCAGAGAACCAUCGCAGCGGUGGUUUAUCUGCGCAUUUUCGUUGGCUCCGCACCUGACAGAUGAAGGUCUUAGAUGGUAUAGCGAUUUAUAG